AUGGGAGGAACAGAGACCAAGCCAGAGACAGAGACAAGGAGGAUUGUCCUGCUUGGAAAAACUGGAGCUGGAAAAAGUAGCGUAAUUAACACAAUAUUUGGAGAGAAUGUGUUCAAAGUCAACCAUACAUUCAACUCUGAAACAAAUAAAUGUCAAGCAGAAACUAGAUCUGUCAAUGGAAGAAGAAUCAUGUUGAUCGACACUCCUGGUUUCUUUGACACAGACAGACCUGAAGAGGAACUGAGGACUGAGAUAGUGAAGUGUAUCACCGAGUGCGCUCCUGGGCCUCAUGCUUUUCUUAUUGUGCUUAAAGUGGACAGAUUCACUGAGCAUGAGAAGGACGUCAUCAAGAAAAUAAAUGAAUAUUUCUCUGAAGCAGCUUUCAAAAAUGCAGCGGUUGUCUUCACUCAUGGUGAGCAGCUUGAAGGAAUGGACAUUAAGAGGUUUGUCAGUAAGAAUAAGAAUAUGAGUGAUCUGGUGAAGAAAUGUGGUGGCCGGUGUCACGUCAUCGAUAAUAAAUACUGGAACAACGACCAACGUAAUAAAAACAGGAGCAACCAGCUCCAGGUGGCAAAGCUACUCAACACAAUAGACAAGAUGGUGAUGGUAAACAAAGAACACUACUACACCAAUGAAAUUCUGCAAACAGUGGAUGAAGAAAUACAUCAAGAGGAGGAGAAAAUUAAAGCAUCGUUGCCAGAGAACAUGUCAGAGCAAGAGAUCAGAGAACAGGCUAAAGUCAGUGUCUUUAAGAAGCUUUUGAUCAGACUGGCAGGUACUCUAACAGGUGCAUUGUUAGGAGCUUUGCUUGGUGUGGUAGUGAUGGGAGAAGAUAUGGUGGAGUGGGUCCAUGAUGAUGGAGGUGGCUCUGCUGAUGCAGCGUUGCCGUGUCAUUAUUGUCUUCUAGAGACAAGGAUUGUCGUCUUAGGAAAAACUGGAGCUGGGAAGAGCAGCCUUGCAAACACCAUAUUUGGAGAGCCUCUGUUCAAGAUAAACCAUUCUCCCAAAUCUGGAACAAGUGAAUGUCAAGCAGAAACCAAAUCUGUCAAUACAAGACGCAUUACCUGGAUCGACACUCCUGGGUUUUUUGACAACAAAAGACCUGAAGAGGAGAUAAAGACUGAGAUAGUGAGGUGUAUCACUGAGUGUGCUCCUGGGCCUCAUGCUUUUCUCAUUGUGCUCAAAGUGGAGAAAUACACUGAGCACGAGAAAGCUGUCAUCAAAAAAACGAUUGAAUAUUUCUCUGAAGAUGUUUUCAAAUAUGCUGCAGUAGUCUUUACCCAGGGUGACCAGCUCCCAGAAGAAAUGAAGAUUGAGGAGUUUGUCAGUGAAAGUGAAGAUUUGAGUGAUCUGGUGAAGAAGUGCGGUGACCGGUGCCACGUCGUUGAUAAUAAAUACUGGAAGAACAACCAGCAGGAUGAAAACAAGAGCAACCAGUUCCAGGUGGAGCAGCUACUCAACACUAUAGAAAAGAUGGUGAUGAAAAACAAAGGAGGCUACUACACCAAUGAAAUGCUGCAAAGAGUGGGGAGAGAAAUACAGAAAGAACAGAAAAACAUUGAACAAUCAUCUGAAAACAUGUCACAAGAGCAGAUCACAUGUAAGGCUAAAACCAGUAUCUUUGAAAAGGAGUCAUUAAAAGCUGCAGGUGUUACAAAAGGAGCACUGUUGCAAGAAUUCCUUGACAGGAAACAAGUUGGACAGGUAGAAAAAAAUGAUGCAAGAGGCACAUCGGAGCAAGAGAAGAAGAGAAAAGACUCUCAGUACGCACGUCUUGCAGAAUUGUCUGAACAAAACUCCCAUUUUGACAGCAUGGAAGGAAAAUCAGUGAAUGGGGAAAAAUACUUGAACAAGUUACCUGCUUUACUGAUAGAAAGUAAUUCUCUUUUAGGUUCAAACACCAGGAUUGUCCUACUGGGGAAAACUGGAUCUGGGAAGAGCAGCCUGGCUAACACCAUAUUCGGAGAGGCCACAUUCAAAAUAAACAAUUUUAAUGACUUGAAAACACAUUUUUCUGAAGCAGUAACCAAAUCUGUCAAUGGAAGAAGCAUCACUUUGAUCGACACUCCUGGUUUCUUUGACCCAGGUCUGUCUGAAGAUAACAUGAAGACUGAGAUGAUGAGGUGUAUCACUGAGUGCGCUCCUGGGCCUCAUGCUUUCCUCAUUGUGCUUAAAGUGGAGCGAUUCACUGAGCAGGAGAAAGCUGUCAUCACAAAAAUAUGUGAACAGUUCUCUGAAGAUGCUUUCAAAUAUGCUGCAGUAGUCUUAACCAAGGGUGACCAGCUGCCAGAAGGAAUGAAGAUUGAGGAGUUUGUCAGUGAAAAUGAAGAUCUGAGUGAUCUGGUGAAGAAGUGCGGUGACCGGUGCCACGUCGUUGAUAAUAAAUACUGGAAGAACAACCAGCAGGAUGAAUACAGGAGCAACCAGUUUCAGGUGGAGCAGCUAGUCAACACCAUAGAAAAGAUAGUGAACAAAGGAGGCUACUACACCAAUGAAAUGCUACAAACAGUGGAGAGAGAAAUACAGAAAGAGGAAAAACGCAUCAGACUGUCAUCAGGAAACAUCUCACAGGAAGAGAUCAGACAGCAGGCUAAAAGCAGAGUUUUAAAGAAGUAUUUGAACAAUGCACCACGUACAUAUAUAAGAUAUUUUGUGGGUUUGGCAGCCAUAGCUGGAGUCUCAGCUGUGUUGAUCUACUACCAUUCUGAGACACCACCACUACCAGAAACAAUACCACCAAUACCACUACCAGUGGUACCAGUGGUAGAACAAGUUGCCAAGACACAAAAUGUGUCUCUGACAGCCAGUCCAAUAGAAAAGGUAGUUGAGUUUGUAAUCACACAAGUGAAGACAUUACCGAAGGCACUUGCGACUUACCUAAGCAAAGCUGACUGGUCUGUAACACCAUACGAUCCUUGGAAUCUUUUUGAAUGA